GCGACGCUCAGUCUCGUCUGUCGCAAUCCAGUGCAGAUAUACGUGCAAUUACCCUGUCAACAGUGCUUAAAAUCUCUUCUAGUGCUUGUGCCGUUGCUCUACACUUGGUGAUCGAUAACGUUCGUCGACUAAUACGGCAUCGAUCGUCUUAAUAGUUCGCGCGUUACGGUUCGAAGAAGUGAAGAUCGCGUGUCGCGGCCACGUGAAGGAAAAAUUAAACGAGUCCUCGCGGUUCGCGAUUCGAAUCGCCGCUGUCGCCACCACCGCAUCGUCUAACGGUUUCGCGGAUCAGUCGGUAUCCACGCUGCGCACAGUGAGUUUGACGUUUCGUACGGGGACAACGUGUGGUGACGUUUAGUUCGGGAAAGAGUGGCGUUCAUCGUGUACCAUGACUAUUUCGUGAGACCGGUGCAAGUCAAGUUAUCAUCGAUGCAUUGUCAAAGAUUUCAAUGCCCUCCGUGUUUUCGUAAAUAGCGCGAAAAGUAUCGCGUGUGGUGUGCUAUUGUGUGAACGAAAGACCAGUGAACGAGAGGAAGAACGACGUUAUCCACGGAUUCGAGAUGACUCGCCACCUGUGGCUAAGAGCGCUUUUCGCUUUCUUCGUGAUAUCAGGUGCGAGCUGCCUGCGGAAUGUCAGCCUAGAAGUAGUUCCGGAGAUAGCGGAACGUGGUCAGAAGGUGAUUCUCCGCUGCCAUUACAAUCUCGAGGAGGCGCCCCUUUACUCCCUCAAGUGGUACCUGCGCGGCAGGUACGAGUUCUACCGUUACACACCGAGCGAGGAGCCGUCGACCAAGAUCUUCAAUGUUACCGGGAUUCACGUUGACGAGGAGAACUCGAACAAGAGCCAGGUAACCCUGCGCGACGUCAACUUCGCCCUCUCGGGUAAAUUCAGUUGCGAAGUUACGGCGGACGCGCCGACCUUCUCCACGGCCAGCGGCUCGAAGAAUCUUACAGUAGUGUCUCUGCCCAAAGUGAAGCCUGUUAUCGUAUCGGAACGUGAACGUUACGACGCCGGAGACACUUUGAGGGCAAAUUGUAGCUUACCACCCUCCAAGCCACCGGCUCAUCUCUCAUUCACCCUGAACAACGUGGCGGUCGAAUCGCAGACGAGACACCAGCCGCAGUCGCAACAGAGGUGGGAUCGUAACGAUGCCCACUCAGAUCAGGAGGAUCUUCAGUGGAUCGAGAUCAGGAUGAAUCUUCAACCGUUCCAUUUCUCGAACGGCCAGCUGAAUUUACAAUGCAACGCCCAAAUUCCGGGCGUGUAUUCGAAGAUGAGCGAGAUCCAUUUAGGCGGUGGCCUGCGUGAACCUGUUCCGGAGAGAGUGACCUCCGAGAACGGAAGUGAAGCACCUACCGCCAUCUAUAUGACGAUGCUGAUGCUGUGUAUGCUCCAGCUGUUUCUGAGAUAGUCACGAUACGCCUGAGGCCACGGGAAGGGAAUCCAUGGGCGUCGCACGGCAAACAGCGCACUAGUCAAAAGGAGGGGCAGGAGGAAAGGGAGAGAGGGUAGUUUAAGGGUUGGCCGAGCCGACGGUGGGAAAGCAAAUAAUAAUAUUGUUGAAUCGGCAUUGAUAUUACGUGUUUUUUAGCGUACUCGGUUCGAUUUGUUCGAAGAGGAACGAUCACGCGAUACCCAUCAUCGCUUUUAAUGAUUGUUAACAUCCUUAAGUACAUUAAUGACCCGUUUAUCGAGAUCGACAGGCCACUAUGACGGAUGAUUAUCGAUACGCUUAUCUCGAUUUAUCGAACGAUAUCAAACGAUUACUGCCAUGGUACAUAAAUACGACUCAAAAAAAGGAAAAAUGACACUUUCUCGAUUCGAAAUGAGUAGAUUUUUCGAAAGGAAGUACAUUUAAUGAAAAAAUGCUCAAACCAAUCUCGUGUUGCGAACGGAUUCAUCUUUUAGAGGGCGAUAUUGACUUUGAAGCGCAGCAACAUGCGCUUUGGGGUUGCGAGAUCGGGUCGAAGCGGGAAAAUUCGAAGCGAAAUCGAACGGGAUUUUGGACAGUUGAGUGGCAGUCGGACCUCGAAUCGGACUCAACGGUCCCUUGAGGCCCAGUUGUUAGAGCCCCAGUUGUUUAGCCGAUCGUAUCCGACUGUUGCCGAGUCGAUCCGAACCCGUAUUGCCACUUACACGCUUCCGUGUCGUAUUUGUCCCAAGCGGCUCGGGAAAUGUCCGAAGUGCAAUGCGAUUUCGUUUCGAAAUUUCUCGAUCCUCCGAUAGGAAAGUGUGAUCUCGUGAUCUCCUGCACGAUUCAUUUCGUUCUAAAAUCAAAUCUACGUACACACCGUGUUUAUAAAUCGACGAUGAAAAGAAACGGAUAAUUGGCGGUAAUAAAAUAAGAGAACUUGAUUCGAGAAAAUUCGUAAAAUUUUGAACAAACAAAAAAAAGGAUAUCCCAUUACUACAUACAUGCACCCCUAUUUUCGUCUUUGAUAAGAGGACACGAUCGAAUAUCCUGGCAUUAUUCCGGCUAAAGAUGCGUGUCACACCACGCUCUACGUCAUUCCAUCGUGUCUAUUCAACCAUUGUCCGUGAGCCAGAUGAAGGGGCGAGGAUCGAUCCUAUGAUUUUGAAGGGGUUAAUCAAGUGGCGCUCGCUAGACUCCCAAUUUCUCCUUUCCCUCUUCUCUUGUGUGUCCUAUGGAGAAGAUGCCUAUCCGUGUUUCGUGUCGUAACUACGAGAUAUUGGCGGGGCGAGAAUUUUUGAGAGAGUAUUUAGAUAUACGGUUUGUUAUCGUGAAGUGAGAGAGGAAGAAGAGAGAAAGAGAAGGAGAGAUCGUUCGGGAAACGCGUAAUAAUCGAGCUCGAUGGAAUAAUAAUAAUAAUAACGAGAGUUAAUUUUUUGAAUUGAUUUAUUUUAUACGAUAUAUUGUUUGCGCGAUAGUGUAAAUUUGAUAUAUGGAGUGAUUGAAUGCAAUGUUUAAAUAUUGUAAUAAAUUUUCGACCUAGGAAGGAACAUAUUAUUUUUUCCCCCUUAGGAGAGAAAAGUACGAACAAGUAAUGCAAUUUACAUAAUUUAAGGAGAAUAUUUAAGGAGAGACAUUUUCUACUCUGUUUUUUCUUUUUCGAAAUAAAACUAUUUGUAAAUAUCUUGAAACAAUUUUUAAUCAAUCCAUAUAUUACCUACUAAUCAAAAGUGUUAAACGAAUUGUUACGAAUGUUAUAUAAUUUCACUAAUUUAUGCUGCUUUAAUUAUUUCUCCAAUUUAAACAGGGAAACGAAUAUAAAAUGAAACCCUGUAUAAUACUACCCUUUAUAUAUAUAUAUAUAUAUAUAUAGACUUUGUUAGGUUCAAACAGCAAGCAAAGAAGAAAAAUCAAAGAAAGGAGAGGGCAAUAAUAAAAAAAUUACGUUGCGAAUCGUUGCACGAAAUGGAAAUCGAAGCAUACGGUUGGAAAAAUAUUCCCCGAAAAACGCGUGAUAUUUUCUUACAUUUCAUCCGACGCGAAUUUCACUCGAAUAUUUCCCUGUUUACCAUCGUAUAACUUGUGUCAACAAUCAAGCUUCUCUUUCGCGCAAAAUGUUUCAUGUAAUACGAAAAGUUUGCCGUAAAUAUGCCCUGGUCAAAGAGGAAAGGAAUCGAUAGCGGAAGGGAUGGUGAAAUUAGAGGCAGUGGUUCUCCCCACCUGUCUUCCUUUUUUCUUUUCUCUUUUUUUUUUUUUUUUUUUUUUUU